AUGACGCUUCCAACACUGGCGCUCACCGUCGUUACGGUGCUAUAUUUCCUUAUUCGGUACUUCAAUCGCACCGACAUCCCCAAGAUCAAGGGUCUUCCGGAGAUUCCUGGUGUGCCCAUCUUUGGCAAUCUUCUACAGCUUGGUGAUCAGCAUGCAACAGUGGCUGGGAAAUGGGCAAAGAAGUUUGGCCCGGUCUUCCAAGUGCGCAUGGGUAACAAGCGGAUUGUCUUCGCCAACAGCUUCGACUCGGUUCGCCAGCUGUGGAUCAAGGACCAGUCGGCCUUGGUCUCUCGUCCCACUUUCCACACCUUCCACAGCGUUGUGUCCAGCUCGCAGGGAUUUACCAUUGGCACUUCUCCGUGGGAUGAGUCUUGCAAGCGCCGGCGCAAGGCCGCGGCAACUGCGUUGAAUCGACCGGCGACGCAGUCCUACAUGCCGAUCAUUGACCUUGAAUCCAACUCCAGUAUCAAGGAAUUGUACCGGGAUAGCAAGAACGGCACAGUCGAUGUGAACCCCACUGCAUACUUCCAACGAUUUGCGCUCAACACCAGUCUGACUCUCAACUACGGAUUUCGCAUCGAGGGCAACGUGGAUGAUCAACUGCUGCAGGAGAUCGUGGAAGUGGAGCGUGGCGUGUCCAACUUCCGCAGUACCUCGAACAACUGGCAGGAUUACAUCCCCUUGUUGCGAAUCUUGCCUAAGAUGAACAACGAGGCUCAAGAGUUCCGCGCACGCCGCGACAAGUACUUGACUUACUUGCUGGACAUGCUGAAAGAACGUAUUUCCAAGGGCACCGACAAGCCUUGCAUCACUGGUAACAUUCUCAAGGAUCCCGAGGCCAAGCUCAAUGAUGCCGAGGUAAAAUCUAUCUGUUUGACUAUGGUGUCAGCCGGUCUCGAUACCGUGCCAGGAAACUUGAUUAUGGGAAUCGCCUAUCUCGCUUCAGAGGAUGGACAACGCAUUCAAAAGAAGGCUUAUGAUGAGAUCAUGGCGGUUUACCCGGAUGGGGACGCUUGGGAGAAGUGCCUGAUCGAGGAAAAGGUUCCCUACGUGACUGCUUUGGUCAAGGAGAUUCUUCGAUUCUGGACUGUUAUCCCUAUCUGCCUGCCACGAGAGAGCACCAAGGAUAUUCAGUGGGAUGGCGCUACUAUCCCGGCUGGAACUACAUUCUUCAUGAAUGCCUGGGCCGCUGAUUAUGACGAGGACCACUUUAAGGACGCUCACAAGUUUAUCCCCGAGCGCUACCUGGAGCUCAAUGAGGGAUCGGGUACUCCCCACUAUGGAUAUGGUGCUGGCUCCCGCAUGUGUGCAGGUUCUCAUCUUGCCAACCGUGAGCUCUUCACGGCCUUUAUCCGCCUGAUCACUGCCUUCAAGAUGCACCCCGCGAAGAAGGCUUCUGAUUUGCCAAUCCUAAACGCCAUCGAAUGCAAUGCCAUUGCUACUGCCCUGACAACUGAGCCCAAGCCAUUCAAGGUCGGCUUCAGCCCACGCGACCCUAAGAAGCUAGAGCAAUGGAUUGCAGAGAGUGAUGAGCGCACUAAAGAUCUGUAA